AUGGUAACUGGGCAAUCUAUCGUGCUCUAUUCUAGGCUCCACCUAGUGACUAGCCAUCAUCGAUACCUUCGCUUCGUCCUGUGGAUGAUUAUCAUCGACGCGUGUGAUUUCUAUAUACCCACCACAGUCCUCUUCCUUAGAAGCAACCAUGGAGCUACCAGCUUUAUAAGGCCAUUCAAUAUCUAUGAGCGUGUGCAGUUAACUGGCUUCUCCGUCCAAGAAACACUGAUCAGUGCCCUCUACAUCUGGGAGACUGUCACUGGAUUAAGGCCGGUCUUAGCCCUCAAGGGUCCUCGCGGCCAAAGGGUGAUCUUCAACAUCAUUGUCGUCAAUGCCAUUGCCAUCUUACUUGAUGCUUCCCUUCUCGCCUUAGAAUACUCCCGACUAUUUCGAUAUCCAGACGAGCUUCAAGCCGUUGGUAUACAGCCUGAAGUUGAAAAUGGAGUUCACGGUGCUCAAUAG